AUGCACUGCAUACUUUUCGUAGCAUUUCUCCUGGCUCUAUUGGAGUCAACUAUGGCCGCUGCACCAGCCGAUCUCAACUGCACCGAAUACACGGACAGAGCGGUGAACUGCAAUGACAAAUUCUCGAGUGCAACGUGCCUAGUGAUCUACACAGCGGCAGUGAAGGUCGGCACCAGUGACGAGAGAAACGCUAAGUGCUUUCAGAAUGCUGCCAAUCAACGUGACGAAGAGGUGGUGCAGGUGGCAGUGCAAACUUGCCCAAAGACGUGCGGUUACUGUUGCAUUACGCCAGCGUACAAUUGUAAAAACAAAGAUGCACCUCGAGUAAAGUGUGAAACGGUAACGAAAGCACAAUGCGAUGAUCCGACAUGGAAAGCAAUUCUGGCUGAGGAUUGUCCGGCCGUUUGCGGAUUGUGCGAACAAAAAAAUCCAAAUUGCCGAGACAAAGUUGCCUCUUGCAAAAACGAUGUCAGCAUAUGUCGCAAUGUUGACUUACAAGAUUUUGUACGUCCUUCAGACGAAUCGUACUCGAAUCGUUUACGAAUAAAUGGAGGUGGUGAUGUUAUCUUUAACGAAAUAAUACGCUGGAACAUUAUGUUAUUUGGUUUAUUAAAAGCACGGCAAUUCAUAGAUUGGCAGAAUAAUCACAAAUCUCAUGCAGAACUGUCUGUAAACGAUUUUCCGUCUUUAGGAGAACUGCCAGGCAACCUUUUAAACGUCUUAAAAACAACACCACGGUUCCUCAAAAAUUCAAAGGAAGUCGGUUUUUAUAACUUAAUUGUAAACGUCGCAGCAUCGAAGACAACGACGAUCCGUUCAAAGGAGUCGUCGACAUGGGCAGCUGGAAAACCACUGAUCGGUCGCUUGAAUAUUUAA